GCCUGCUGGGGGAGCCUCGUCCGUCUCCAUUCCUCACGAUCGAACUUGCAGCAGCCGCAGCCGUUGGGGCUCAUGUCGCUUCAACGGUGGCUGCUGCCCCCAAACCUCGUGUGCCCGAUUGCUCCACUAGGGAUCAGCGUCGAGCUAUGGCCGACCCCCUAUCCGCAGAUUAAUCACAGGAAGCCAUCAAUUUCGACCAAAGGACGCCCUCUUCAUGCUCCAUCGCCACGCCCUCUUCAUGCCCCAUUGCGCCGCCACAACCUCUGAAACAUCCCCGUACGCGUCCAUAUAACCAGCUCUCUUCUUAACCCCCCAACUGCGCCCAUUGCUCCUCUCCACCCCCGCAUCAUCCACGGCCACAUUCACAGCAUCAUCGACGCCGCCCGUCCGCCUCACUCCCAAUCCACCCAAGCUCGCCCUUCCCCACGUCUCACCAUGCAGAACCAGACCGCCGUGCAGGACCCUGACGCGGGCUGGAAACCAAACAACCGCCCUCAGUCCACCGUUGCCCGCAACUUCAUGAGUGAGCUCGACGCGCUCUUCAACCUCGACAGCAGCCUCGACACACUGGAUAAGACCGUGCACGAGAAGAAGCAAGCCGUCAACACACAAGCACAGGAGCUCGAGGCGCUGCAGAGGCGGCUACGAGAGGCCGAAGAGCGCCUGAGCCAGGCCACUGGCGACUCACCGCCAAAGCCCAAGGACAGCCAGCGCCGCAGCCCCAUCUCAGGUGUCUUCCCCAACAAGGACACGGCUCCUGCCAACAGUCCGCUGGCGGCAAGGCAUCCACAAACAAUGGACAUCCCGGAACGACCACACUCGGCGCACUCGCGCGCCAGCGUCAAGGUCUAGAUAGCCAGCAUCUCCCAGUCCGACACUCCCCAGACGCGCGCCACGGCAACGAUUAGCACGUCUGGCCGGACUUCAUAUUAUUUUAAUCGACGAAGACCAUACUAUUUCUGGAGGGGGACCACUUUCGCAUUUGCAUUCUGUUUAUCCCAUUGCUGGCUCACGUUUGGGGGGAGGAUAUCCAUAGGCGCUGGUCAGCAUAGACGCAAUCCAACAAGUUCAGUCAACCUGGGAUUUCAACGUUGAGAUGCGCUUUCUGCACGGGUCUUUGAUUGAGAUUUGAGUCGGCCAUCCGAAACAUGGCAGUUCCCUCUGUGUUGCUUAUUGGAAAACCGGGCGCAACAUUAGUGCAAGCUGGGCCAUG